AUGAAGGGACUCCUCGCAGUUGGCCUUCUCAUCUUCUGCGGUCAGUUGAUCUCCGAGCCACCUCAUCCUCAUCAUGACGGUUUUCAGUUCAUAGCGCAUUCGGAGCGGCCAUCGUCACCAGACACCAUCCGUCGUCAUCCCACACCAAGAUCCAUUCCAACGGUACUCACGGCAAGCCAUCUACCAAGCCAACCAUCCCGGACCUGACCGAUUACUACACUGCGAACGAUAGCGUCAUCGUCGUCAAACGUCGAGUACCGACCCAACAAGAAAUCAAUGGUAUUCUCUUUUCAUUGAACAUGGGACGUCAGGCGUUAGCAUAUCUACUCAAAAUUCCAGGCAUGCAAGAACUGGUAAGUUACAGUCGUUUUCCUCGAAAAUUAGUGACGUUUCUAGAGCUGGGACGAAGGACUGGUGGCCAAGGCGAAAGCGAUGCCCGCCACCUGCGAGCAAUGGAAGUACGGAGCGGACUACCGCAUCGUGCCGAUGAAACCGGAUGAAGGAGCCCAAAUGGUGAUGAAUGCAAUGCAAGAGGCUGUGUCUAGAGAUCUGAUUGAAUUGAAAAACUCUAUUCAUAUAACGCCAGAGGAAAAGAGGAAAGAACUCGCAAAACAAUUCGAAGGUUCCAUACCUCAGAUCCAACGGGUCCUUGAAGAAAUGAUCAAAGCCGCUCCAACACUGUUCGAGCUUGAAUUGAUAAAUCCGGAUCAGAACAAAAUUGGUUGCGCCGAAACAUCGUGCCACUCAGUUUUCCAUUCUAAUGAACCGUCCUUGAGUAGUGUGGAAGGCAAGAUGUACGGAUUUGCGUCAGCUUGUCUUCUUGGCCCACAGUGAGUAGUAGUGAUAGAGUUUCCAAGUCUGAGACUCAUUAAUUCAGAGGAUCCCUGGAUACAAAGACCAUCGGUAAAGGAGACGCUGGAACUGCGUGCAAAAAUGGAAAGUCUGAAAUCGAUGGACUGUGCGCUAAAUCGUCUCCGUCGUCUUCGUCUCUGCUCACCACCGGCUUGGUCAUCGGCUUCCUUCUGAUAGCCGUCUCCGUCGUUUUUUUCUGA